CUACGGUCACCGUUGUCAUUUGUAUGUGAGGAGUGCGCGAUUUCAGUACAGUGACGUGAGCGUUUCAAAAAGCGUCGCAAAAUCAGCUAAUUUGUUAGAUACAUACUACUGAUAAUAAUCUGGAUAACGCGUAAAGAAAGAUACGGGUAUGUGUUUUUAUUUUUGUUUUUACUUUUGAGAUUUAAUGUCCACAGCACCGUUCAUGUUCGUGAUGUCCUCAAGGGAUAAUGUCUCACUGGAUCUGCUGUAACUCGUGCUUCAUGUCACCUGGUCCUGAGCGUCACCUGGCUGUCACAAACUGCUGCCACAUCAUCUGUAAUGUUUGCUUUCAGAGAGGAAAUCAAGGUGUGUGCCUUAUUUGCAAAGCAAAGUGUCAAAUCUCUCCACUGUCUGAUAAGAGCAGCUCAGAGGUUCAAGAACUUUUCACAGAUAUCAGUGCAGUUGCUGUCAAGUACUUCUCAGAGAUAAGCAAGGUCUUACAAUUCCAGGCCAGACACCAGAAACGAUUACUGGCCCACUAUCAGCAGAAGACUGAGAGAAUGAAGGAGAAUGGACUGAAAAUGCAACAAGAGAUGGAGAAGAUGUCCAAGAAAAUUUCAGAACAAAAUGCCUACAUAUCAAAGUUAGAGAUGACUGUUCAAAAUCAAAGUUCAAGACUGGCAUUACAGUCCAACCGAGAUUUACAGCCAGGAAGUCAAAGACAAGCUUCUUCAGUGACAAAAGUUCCCACUUCUCCACUCUCAAUGUCACGAUCCUUAUCCUCUGCUAGCCUAGCUGAUAGCGUAGAAAUCAACAGCAGGGGGCUCUCUCACAAACCAGACGUAUUGAGUAGGAUUUGUCUCAGAAGCUCACAGCAGAACUGCCACAUAGGUUCAGUUCCUCACAGGGCAUCAAGUCAGAGCACUAUGGGUAGCCAUUCAGCGACAUUCAGUGCCACUGUCAGUAGGGACUUCUCCAGUGGUCUGCUGGAGCCUGCGAUGAGUCCAUCCCAUAAUGUGGCCUACCACAGAGACUCAGCAUGGGAAACACCUGUGUUCAAACUGCCCUCAGCCUACAAGUACGGUUCUCUGUCCUCCCUGGCUUCCCCUCCAUGACAUGCACUCCAGUCCCAAAGCAAUACGGCUAAUCACAUCUUAAAAUAUUACUAUAUGUCACAAAGGUCUGCUAUUUUACCAGAUACUUUUAGGAAAAAAAACAUCAGGACCAUUAAUGUAAUAAACAUCAAGGCAGAGCAAUGAACAUCUCUUAUGAUGCUGCAGUGCAUUUACGCUGUCUCUCAAUGAACAUUGAACAUCUGUGCUCUUGUUUCCAUAAAUGUUCCUAUGUAUCGUAGCAAUUAAUCACAGACCAUCGUUGAGUGGUUUGUGAGUGUGAAUUUUAAUAUGGCAUUUUGCACAUGGCUUGCAUUGUAUCAGCAGCAUGUGCUGUUAAUCACAUCCAAUAUGUUCUCUGCCGCAUGUUUGUCUUCUAACACACUGAUGCCAUUGUUCAAACCUUGUUCACAUUGAUUAAAAUUAUGAUAAUGUGGCUU